AGUCGCGCUCGACGCCUCGAACGGCGAGCGUCUUUCUUUCUCUCUCUCCCUCUCUCUCUCUCUCUUCCCUUCUCUUAUCUUCUCUUCUCUGUUCUAUUCCCGUUCGCUAGGAAGAUAUUUUUAAGAGGGAUUAGAAAGAAACUUUAUAUUUACGUGAUAAAUUUUUACAGAAGGUACCGAGAGAGGGAUUUUCCCUAAAAGGGAAAACUGAAAAAUUCUCUAUCGAGAAAAUCUAAAGGCGCACAGUGUAGAAUUGUUAAAGGGAGAAGAGAAAGAAGGGAGAUCGGUGGUGUCCUGAAGGAAUACGAUAGAGAUCGGAAUUGCUCCAGAAACUAUUCUUCUUUCUUGAGAGUAAGAGAGGGAGACGAAAGAGAAAGAGAUUCGGAGAGUCUCACGUCGAGCGUUCGAUCGUUCGUUCAUUCGCUCGCUCGCUCGCUCGCUCGUUCGUUCGUUCGUUCGUUCGUUCGUUCGUUCGUUUAUUCCUUCGCUCGUACGUUCUCCUUUUACUCUCCUUUGACAUCGUCAACGAGCCUCUUUUAAUCUCGUCUCUGAUUUGCAACGAGAGGAUCGUUAGUUCGAUCUUGCAUCGAGUAGUAGUAGACAGAGAACGACUUUUCCGUCGCGUGGGAGUCGAAUACUCGCGCUCGCGUGCGCCCGCGCUCCAACCAGCUAGCCAGUCAGCUAACGCACGUAAAUCGAGCUGACAUCGAGAUUUUCAGCGAACAUUUUCAGCGUUUAGAAAGGAGAACGAGUGUCUUAGGGAAUAUAAGAAAAGUUCUUCGUAUGAGAAGAAUCUCAUCGUCAUCGUAUCUCUCUCUCUCUCUCUCUAUCUUUUGUUUAUAUGCAUAUACCUACGUCUAUCCGUAGCAAGCUCGAUCUAGCAAACUCGCUGGCACACAACGCAUUGUUCUCCGUAGGUGUUUUACGAGCGUUUCGUGGAAUCUCCAAAGCAAACGUAGAAAGUGUAUGUGAGAGAGAGAGAGAGAGAGAGAGAGAGAGAGAGAGAGAGAGAGAGAGAGAGAGAGGGAGAGAGAGGAAGAGACAGAGGGAGGAAAGAGAGAAGGAAUGAGAAAAAAAGACACGAGCUUUAGGAAAACGAAAGAUUUGCUUUCGAAGAAACCUUGAAUACGUUGUUAAACAAAUUCCGGACAUUUAAAAAUCGUCGACUCGUUUGGAGAACCCUUCAUAAAAUAGCAUCGCGAAAUAGCCGCGUGUCUUCAUCCGUACUGACCGCCCAGUGUUAACAGCCUCGAAGGCCAGGUGUUCGAAACUUUGGUGAAACAACGUAUAAUCAGCGCUCUCCUCUCGCAGCUACGGAGGAAAUGGGUCGAGAGGUUUCCGUCAGGCAAGUGUCAUUGAGUGCUUUGAAAAACAGAGACGAAGUUAUUUAACGAGUUUCGUAAGAAUAAGAAGAAAACGAAGAAGGAAAAAGAAAAAGAAAAAGAAAAAGAAAAGAGAAAAAGAAGAGAAAUACAAUAACAACGACAACGACGAAGAUCAUAAUCUAAUCAUUUGAUUUCAUCUGUCUUUAGACGAGUUCGAUCUUCUCGAUAUAUGUAUCUCGAUCUUGGAUGUGUGCUCGAGAGCUUUUUGACAAAAAAGCAAAAAAAGAAAAGAUAAAUAAACAAACAUUCUUCGAAAGUAUCUUAGAAAUAUCUCGAAAGAUAGAUCAUAAGAGAAUCAUAGUCGAGUGAACGGUGAUAAGUAUUGAGAAAAAUGAUGGGCGAACGUUUAUUCUACGAUGAGGAUGUGCGGCACUUAAUCCAUUUGACAAAGAAAAUACACGCGCCAAGUACGACUCGUUGAAAGCUCUCGUUGUUUGUCAUUCCACGUGAAACUUCCGCGCGUCGAUCUUCCUUUUGGUACACGUUGGAAAUUUCAAGUGAACUUAUCCCUUGCCGAUGUAAGGCGUAAUUGUAUUCCACGAGGGUUAAACAAUUGCACGCUGGUUAACGACGUUGGAUAUCAUCGAUUGAUAAAGAUGAUAGUGCACGGCGGUCUACUGGUGAUCCUGAAAUUGGUAUUGAUCCUUGGUGCGUCGACUAUUCCAGGAACGUGGAUAAACAUGGGUGUGCAGCACUUUCCACAAUUGGAGACGGCUCAGCUGAUGGAAAGUUACGACGUAGAAGCCUCGACGAUUUGCAUCGGUCUGAAGGGUCUCUCUCAGGGACAGGGGAAGCUUUGCCAAUUAUCCGUGGAUCAUAUGCCGAGCGUGGCGAAGGGCGCCAAAUUCGGAGUCCUCGAGUGCCAGCAUCAGUUUCGAGAUAGAAGAUGGAACUGUUCUACCGUCAAUGAUGAAACUGUUUUUGGGCCGAUCCUUAAAAUAGCGAGCAGAGAAACUGCAUUUGUACAUGCUAUCACAGCCGCGGGAGUUGUUUAUUCCAUAAGUCGAGCUUGUAGGGACGGACAAUUAUCAUCGUGCGGUUGUUCGAGGAGUAGCAGACCAAGAGAUCUUAAUCGCGAAUGGAUUUGGGGUGGAUGCGGCGAUAAUCUCGAAUAUGGAUAUAAAUUCACCCAAGCAUUCGUCGACGUAAGAGAACGCGAGCGUAGCUUCAAAAGAGGUAGUAGAGAGCAAGGAAGAAGCCUAAUGAAUUUGCAUAACAACGAAGCAGGACGUAGGGCCGUUAUAAAAAGAUCUAAAGUGACAUGCAAAUGCCAUGGGGUAUCUGGCAGUUGCAGCUUAAUCACCUGUUGGCAGCAACUUGCGUCGUUUCGAGAAGUUGGUGAUCUUUUAUUGGACAAAUACGAUGGUGCAACUGAAGUCCGAGUAAACAGGCGUGGAAGAUUAUCCAUGCGAGAUCCAAGAUUUUCUUUGCCCACAGCCAAUGAUUUAGUUUAUUUGGAUGACUCACCAAAUUAUUGCCUUCCAAAUGAUACUCUUGGCUCUUUAGGUACGCAUGGACGAAUUUGUAACAGAACAUCGUCCGGUAUGGAUGGAUGUAAUCUUCUCUGUUGUGGAAGGGGUUACAAUACUCAAAAGUCAACGAUAAGGGAAAGAUGCGAUUGUAAAUUCCAUUGGUGUUGCUUCGUUGAAUGUAAAACAUGUGUUAAAAACAUUGAUAUUCAUACCUGCAAAUAAAUUUGCACGUGUGUCAUUAUAUAAAAUAUACUUUUAAAGUUAAUACUACUUGGAAUCCAAGUUUUAUACCAUGAAGCUAUCGAGUAACGAAAAAAAUCUAUUCAGUAUGUAGGGUGUUCGAUUCAACGUGAUCAUCUACAUACCAUCCAUUUGUAUUUAAUAUUUUAAAUUAAACAUUUUUCUAUCGUUAUAUUUUUUCCAUUACGACGUACAUUUAUUACGUUGACGAUAACCAUGGGAAUUUUUGGAAAGAAGAUUAAAUUAAAUUUAACACCCUACUGACGAUGUAUAUUUUGAUAAA